AUGAGUACUGCCAGUAGUAGUAACAGUAAUCAUACUUUAAACAGGGAUAAUUUAAAGAAAUUGAAAAAAGAACUCCAGAAACAGAAAAUGUUUGACGAAGAUUAUCAUGCUAUAAUGACUGACGAUGAAGAUAACAUGAUAAAAAAUAAUGAAAUUGGCUCUCGUACAAGUAGCAGAAGGGCAAGUAGUAUUUUUAGUUUAGAUACCUCACCUUUAGAUCCUCCAAAUGAAACAGAUAUGCUUAAAUUUACUAGUGAUGAUCAUCAUUUUAGUAUGAUUAGAAACUUGCAUCUAGCUGACUAUAUCACAAUGAUGAACGGUUUUUGUGGUUUUUAUUCUAUAAUUAGUUGCUUACGUUUCACCUUAACCAACAGACCACAUUAUGUGCAUCGUGCUCAUCUAUUCAUACUGUUGGGUGUUUUUUUUGAUUUCUUUGACGGUAGAGUAGCCAGACUAAGAAAUAGAAGUAGUUUAAUGGGUCAAGAGUUGGAUUCCUUGGCUGAUUUGAUUUCUUUUGGUGUUGCUCCCGCUUCUAUUGCAUUUGCCAUUGGCUUCCAAUCCACUGUUGAUGUAUUAUGUUUAUCUUUUUUCGUCUUAUGUGGUUUAACUAGAUUGGCCAGGUUCAAUGUCACUGUUAGCCAGAUCCCACACGAUUUUAGUGGUAAGUCUAGGUAUUUUGAAGGUUUCCCUAUUCCAACUACUUUAUUCUGGGUCGCUGUUAUGGAAUAUCUAGUUAAGAAGGGCUUUAUUUUAAAUAAUUUGCCCUUGGGUAUAUUAUAUUCUAAUCAAUGGUACGAAUUCCAUCCUUUUGUUUUAGUUUUUUUUAUUCAUGGUUGCCUAAUGAUCUCUAAAAGUUUAAAACUCCCCAAGCCAUAG